AAUGAGCAACUUCGAAGAAACAGGGCAUUCACCGACCCCCAGUUUAACACUGCCAUUGAUGUCGUCUAGUGCUUAGGGCCAUGCCUUGACCUGAUAAAAUAUUCAAACUUCCUCACUCCAAAGCACAUUGUUGCAGUCAAGAGUUCACAGAUCUGCAAAAAACCCCAGCGUCUGUGUCAAUCCCUGUUUCUUUGCAUCACCAACCUCGAGUCGAAUUCAAUCAAAAGCUACAAGCUUUCAAGUGUUUCAGUCUGUGACUGUGUGACCCGACACAAGCACAAUCCGAAAUGAACCAAAGAAACAACCACCGUCUCGUCCUCUUCCCUUUGCCAUUUCAGGGCCACAUCAACCCAAUGCUCCAACUGGCUCAGAUCCUCCACGACCGAGGCUUCUCCAUCACCGUCCUGCACACUGACCUGAACUCUCCUGAUCCGUCCUCGCACCCCCACUUCGCCUUUCGCUCCAUCGGCGAUGGCCUCAGCCAAUCAGAGGCCUCAACGUUGGACCUCGUCCGCUUGAUCACGCUCCUCAAUGCCAGGUGCGCUGCUCCCUUCGAGGAACGCUUGAGAGAAGAGGUGUCGUCCCCGGAUGCGCCAGUCACGUGCUUGAUAGCAGACGCGCUGUUCAGUUUCCCCCGGGACGUGGCAGAGAGGGCAGGAGUGCGGAGGAUGGUGUUGCGGACCGGCGGCGCGACAUCACUCCGCGUUUUCGCCGGAUUCCGGUUGCUCAGGGAAAGAGGGUACCUCCCAAUAGAAGAAUCUCGGCUCGAAGAUCCCGUGCCGGAGUUUCCGCCCUUACGAGUGAAGGACCUUCCACGCAUCACUGGGGAGCCUGAACUGCUCGAACGGAUUCUAAACGACAUGAUUGAGGGAAUCAAGGACUCUUCAGGACUCAUCCUGAACACAUUUGAAGAUCUCGAGCAACCCGCUCUUUCUUUACUCCGCCAAGAAUAUCCAAUCGCAGUUUUCCCAAUUGGCCCAUUUCACAAAUGCGGUCCAUCUUCAUCGGGAAGUCUCUUGGCGGAAGACCGGAGUUGCAUUUCCUGGCUGGACAAGCAAGCCCCUAACUCAGUGGUCUAUGUGAGCUUUGGGAGCAUCGCCUCUGUGAACGAGUCGGAAUUUUCCGAAAUAGCUUUAGGUUUAGCUGAUAGCCAGCAGCCAUUCUUGUGGGUGAUUCGACCCGGGUCAGUGAGCGGCUCGGAACUCUUAGAGAAUUUGCCCGGUUGCUUUCUGGAGGCAUUAGAGGAGAGGGGGAAGAUUGUGAAAUGGGCGCCUCAACAUGAAGUGCUGGCUCAUCGGGCUGUCGGAGCGUUUUGGACUCACAAUGGGUGGAACUCCACUCUUGAGAGCAUUUCGGAAGGGGUUCCGAUGAUAUGCAUGCCCUGUUUCUCAGACCAAAAUGUCAAUGCAAGAUUUGUGAGUGAUGUUUGGAGAGUGGGAGUGCACUUGAACAACGGGCUGGAGAGAAGGAAGAUUGCAGAGGCUAUUCGGAAGCUGUUGGUGGAGAAAGAAGGAGAAGAGGUAAGAGAGAGGGCAGCACAAUUCAAGGAGAAGGCAAGUAGUUGUCUGAUGCAAGGAGGGUCGUCGUUCCAAUCCCUAGAUGGAUUGGCCAAUCAUAUCUUAUCCUCCGAAUCGUUCGUCUUCGGUUCUAACGAAUCAUCAGCAUAAACUACAGCUGCGAUCUUAGUUGAUGCCCUUUUCUUUGAAGACAUUCUUAUUCUUGUCUAAGCACGAGCACGGGUUGGGUAAUGCCGCCUGAAUUUCCACGAUGGACAUUCCGACUUGUUUAUCAGCUCCAGUGGUUCUCACUACUCUGGUUUAAGCUUUUGGUUUUGUUUUCGACAUAUGUGCACAUUCAGUCCCCAGAAAUGAAUUAUUCUGUUUCACAAGUACUUCCCAGUUACCGGCAUCCAAAACAUGAGCCAGAUGCUUAUUAAUCAAGCAAUUUAAGUUCCCACUGGCAUGGUUUGCUGA